AGGAGAAAGAGGUAGCGUCUGCGCCCCGCGGCCAAGGAGGCAGAGGCCCCUCGCGGCGCCGGCUGUCGAGACCUAAACUCCGCCGGUGCUGCGCCCAGGACGCGCAGCGGCCGCCCUCCGGGCCAGCAGCAGGGACUCGCUCUAGGAUUGUUUCCUCUCGUCCGCCCGGACGCUAGCGGCAGCCUUUGCCGACGGGGGAGCGGCGUCCGCGGCGGCAGCAUCCCGGCCCGGGCGGGACCCUCGAGCGCCUGAGCCGGCGGCUGGAGCAGGAAGGGAGGGUCGCGGCGCCCGCCCUCCACAGGCGGCCCUGCCCCGAGCGCCCGGUGCGGGUUUCUAACAAUGGUGCGGAGCGCCGGCGCAAACCCCGCGUCCGCCCGGCGGCGGUAGAGGAAGUGGCCGGCUCCGGGUGGGGUGGGCAGGGAGACGCCCCCCGCCGCCGGCUCGCGGGAGUUUGCCUGCGCGCCGGGCCUCUCCGGCCCCGAGCCCGGCUCCCCUCCGGAUCGCCGACGGCCGCUCGAAGCGGAGAGUAUGGUGCCAGCGCCCGGCUUAAUCUAGUCCUCGGCUCGCUCCUCUUUUCCGCCUCCUCCUCUUCCUCCUCCUUUACCUCCUGUCGGUGCUGCCUCCGGGUUCCCGGUGUGUGGGAGUACAACUCUCUGCCUCUCCAAGGAGACUGGUUUGUGACAGCCGAACAGAACUUGCCCAUUGAAAGCAAACCCAGAACAGCUGGAUAAUGUCCACUCCGAGCAGAUUCAAAAAGGACAAAGAGAUCAUAGCCGAGUAUGAAAGUCAAGUCAAAGAAAUACGAGCUCAGCUGGUAGAGCAGCAAAAAUGCCUGGAACAGCAAACAGAGAUGCGAGUUCAACUUCUCCAGGACCUGCAGGAUUUCUUCCGGAAAAAAGCUGAAAUUGAAACGGAAUAUUCUCGGAACCUAGAGAAGUUAGCAGAAAGGUUCAUGGCAAAAACAAGAAGCACCAAGGAUCAUCAACAGUACAAGAAAGACCAGAACUUGCUGUCUCCAGUGAAUUGCUGGUAUUUGCUUCUGAACCAAGUGAGAAGGGAAAGUAAAGACCACGCCACUUUGAGUGACAUCUAUCUGAACAAUGUGAUUAUGCGGUUCAUGCAGAUAAGUGAGGAUUCCACCAGGAUGUUUAAAAAGAGCAAAGAGAUUGCAUUCCAACUUCAUGAAGAUUUGAUGAAGGUUCUUAAUGAACUCUAUACGGUAAUGAAAACAUACCAUAUGUAUCAUGCAGAGAGCAUCAGUGCAGAGAGCAAGCUGAAAGAGGCUGAGAAACAAGAAGAAAAGCAAAUUGGAAAAUCCGGUGAUCCGGUCUUUCAUAUUAGACUGGAAGAGAGACAUCAGCGGCGAAGCUCUGUAAAGAAAAUUGAAAAAAUGAAAGAAAAAAGACAAGCAAAGUAUUCAGAAAAUAAGCUAAAAUCAAUUAAGGCACGGAAUGAAUAUCUCCUAACCCUCGAAGCAACCAAUGCCUCGGUUUUCAAGUAUUAUAUUCAUGAUCUUUCAGAUUUAAUUGACUGCUGUGAUCUUGGCUACCAUGCAAGUCUGAACAGAGCCCUGAGAACAUAUCUCUCUGCAGAGUAUAAUCUUGAAACUUCCAGACAUGAAGGCUUAGACAUUAUUGAGAAUGCGGUUGACAAUUUGGAACCCCGGAGUGAUAAACAGAGAUUCAUGGAGAUGUACCCUGCGGCGUUCUGUCCACCAAUGAAGUUUGAGUUUCAAUCUCACAUGGGUGAUGAGGUGUGUCAGGUCAGCGCCCAGCAGCCCGUCCAGGCCGAGCUCAUGCUCAGGUACCAGCAGCUGCAGUCCCGACUGGCCACGCUGAAAAUCGAGAACGAAGAGGUUAAGAAAACAACUGAAGCCACCUUGCAGACCAUACAAGAUAUGGUCACCAUUGAGGACUAUGAUGUUUCUGAAUGCUUCCAGCACAGUCGGUCCACAGAGUCUGUGAAGUCUACCGUCUCUGAGACCUACCUGAGUAAGCCCAGCAUCGCCAAGAGAAGAGCAAACCAGCAGGAGACCGAGCAGUUCUACUUCAUGAAACUCAGAGAAUAUUUGGAAGGUAGUAAUCUCAUCACAAAACUUCAAGCCAAGCAUGACUUGUUGCAGAGGACCCUUGGAGAAGGUCAUAAAGCUGAAUAUAUGACUACAAGGCCUCCAAAUGUUCCCCCUAAGCCCCAGAAACACAGGAAGUCCAGACCCCGCUCCCAGUAUAAUGCUAAGUUGUUUAAUGGGGAUUUGGAAACAUUCGUCAAGGACUCGGGACAGAUUAUCCCCCUCAUUGUGGAAAGCUGUAUUCGGUUCAUCAAUCUCUAUGGUCUUCAGCAUCAGGGGAUUUUCAGAGUGUCUGGUUCCCAGGUGGAAGUCAAUGAUAUUAAAAAUUCAUUUGAGAGAGGUGAAAACCCUUUGGCUGAUGACCAGAGUAACCAUGAUAUUAACUCAGUUGCUGGCGUUCUGAAGCUCUAUUUCCGUGGGCUGGAAAACCCCCUCUUUCCUAAGGAAAGAUUCAAUGAUCUGAUUUCUUGUAUCAGAAUAGAUAAUCUCUAUGAGAGGGCGCUUCACAUCCGCAAACUCCUCCUGACCUUGCCUAGGUCCGUCCUUAUAGUGAUGAGGUACCUCUUUGCCUUCCUCAAUCACCUUUCACAAUACAGCGAUGAGAACAUGAUGGACCCUUAUAACCUGGCCAUUUGUUUUGGCCCGACAUUGAUGCCCGUUCCGGAAAUACAGGAUCAAGUGUCUUGUCAGGCACACGUGAAUGAAAUUGUCAAAACCAUCAUCAUCCACCAUGAAACUAUUUUCCCUGAUGCUAAAGAGCUGGAGGGCCCUGUUUAUGAGAAGUGCAUGGCUGGAGAUGACUACUGUGACAGCCCGUACAGUGAGCACGGUACACUGGAGGAAGUGGAUCAGGACGCGGGUGCGGAGCCUCACACCAGCGAAGACGAGUGUGAGCCAAUAGAAGCGAUAGCCAAGUUCGACUACGUUGGGCGAUCUGCCAGAGAACUGUCCUUCAAGAAGGGUGCCUCCCUGCUGCUGUAUCACCGCGCGUCGGAGGACUGGUGGGAAGGAAGGCACAACGGCAUUGAUGGGCUCGUGCCUCAUCAGUACAUCGUGGUGCAGGAUAUGGAUGAUACGUUUUCAGACACUCUGAGCCAAAAAGCUGACAGCGAGGCCAGCAGUGGGCCAGUCACUGAGGACAAGUCUUCAUCCAAGGACAUGAGCUCCCCAACAGACCGUCACUCUGAUGGCUAUUUAGCCAGACAAAGAAAAAGAGGAGAGCCACCCCCUCCAGUAAGACGUCCUGGCAGGACCAGUGAUGGCCAUUGUCCCCUCCACGCCCCACAUGCUCUUUCCAACUCCUCCAUUGACCUGGGGUCCCCAAACUUGGGCGGUCACCCCCGGGGCCUGCUGCAGAACCGUGGCCUCAACAAUGACAGUCCCGAGAGGAGGCGCCGGCCAGGCCAUGGGAGCCUGACCAAUAUCAGCCGACACGACUCCCUCAAGAAGAUCGACAGUCCUCCUAUUAGAAGGUCCACGUCAUCAGGGCAAUACACAGGCUUCAAUGACCAUAAGCCAUUGGACCCAGAGACCAUCGCUCAGGACAUCGAAGAGACGAUGAACACGGCGUUGAACGAACUCCGAGAACUGGAGAGGCAGAGCACAGCGAAGCACGCCCCCGACGUGGUGCUGGAUACCCUGGAACAAGUCAAGAACGCGCCCACCCCUGCCUCCUCCACAGAAUCUCUCAGCCCUUUGCACAGCGUUGCCUUCAGGAGCUCGGAGCCCCAGAUUCGACGGAGCACGAGCUCCUCCAGCGACACAAUGAGUACUUUCAAGCCUACGGUGGCGCCCAGGAUGGGCGUGCAGCUGAAGCCCCCAGCCCUGCGGCCAAAGCCGGCGGUUCUUCCAAAAACAAACCCUACCGUGGGUCCGGCCCCACCUUCCCAAGGUCCGGCAGACAAGUCUUGCACAAUGUAAACUCCAAAUGAGCAAGGUCGUGCCGGCGGUGAUGGAAAAAAGAAAAAAAAAAAAAAUGGGUCAGUGACAAAAGUCAGUGAUCCAUAACUUUCCUUAGUUUUGUGCUUAUAACUGGAGAUCUUUGGCUUUUCUAUGUUCUUGAAUGUAAUGUCGGAGACUAGCUAAAUUAACACGGGCAUUUGUAUUUUGUAAUUUUUUUCCUUUUUUCUUAGUAACUGGACAUCUCUUAUGUCAUUUUAAAGACAACAGAAACACUUAGAUUUACUUGAAAAUCCAAUGCUGCACCAUUUGUCACGAAGGUCACACUUCUCUGCUCUCCGUGUCACUCGGCACUUCAGGUUUAGUGCAGCCUGGGUGAGUCAGAAGUGUCUGGAUCAGAAGACACGAGAAUCUGAGUCCCGGGCCAUGGAGUACAGCUAGUGUCGGUCUGUGGCGCCUGGGGGGACGGCGGAAAAGUGACAGCGCUGCUGGGUGGCUGAUGGCGAGCACCUCUGCUCCCAUGCAGUGGGAAGAGGCCCCGCUCGUGCUAAGACUCGGCGUUGUCCCGGUGCGGCCUUCCCAGGGGGGCUCCGGCCCGCCGCCUGAAUGAGUUGUGUGUUUGCCUCUUAUGGACGAGUCGUUUCCCUGGGUCCCGUUGAAAAGCUCAGAGGAAGGGGUCAGACCCUCUGCAGUUACUUCUUGAACUGAACCUAGAAAAGGAGAGAGCUGAUCAUCCAGAGCUGUCGAUGUGACUCCUUCCACAAGCCUGGUCAGGCCCCGAAGACGUCUAGGUCCAUCCCCUGCAUUCACAAAGGACCAGAACAGUCUAGUUGUAAACACUUCCCGCUUACACUCCUCCACACAUUCCUUCUGAGGUCUGUUAUGAACAGUCUAGAAAAUGCUUCUAGCGCCCAUAAGCCCCUGUGUCCUCCUGUGGAAAUGGAGCACGCGGGUAGCACACAGGUCCUUGGUUCACUCAGCCUUCUCUCCUGACUAAAUGACCUCGGUUCCUUUAAACCCGAUACAGAGGCCGGAUGAUCCUAAGGUGACUCCCCAGCUCUCCUCUCCCAUUUGCCUCUUUGAGCCAACCGAGACCUGGCUGUGGUCCUGGAGGAAGAGCCGUGCUGGCCUAGAGGGGCACCUGGUUCCAGGGUUUCCUUCCAGUUUUGCACCCUGAAAUCAUGACUUUCUUCUUUUCUUUUUUUUUCUUCCUUUUCUCUUCUUUUCUCUUCUUUUCAGGUGGUUUCAACAUAAGCCAGAUAGUCAGGUGAGCUCCGUGAGGUACCCUCUUUCUCUGACAUCCUGGCACAGAAAGCAUUUUCCCUGUUUUUCCCUGUUUCAAAAAGGUUGAUUUGAAUUCAUUGUUUUUACUGAGGUACACAUCACCACUCCCGCCAGCAAUAGCUUAUAUCAUCUGUAAACCUACAGCGUGUUACCUGCUCUGACCUUGAACUUACUGAUAGACUUUUUUUUUUUUUUUUUAAGAAAAAUGGAUGGCCCAGAACUAACCCCUCUUGACCACCAUUGAUUUCCUUCUAGCUUUAAUUUCAAACUGGCAGCCAUCUGCCUGCCCUUCUAAGAGUUGGAUGGUAUGGACUUGAAUCCAUUAGCCCACUGGUAAAGGCCUCAUGCAGGAAAGCAUGAGGCUCUGUGCUAAAAGCAUCCACAUCAGUCCUGGGCUCUCUCCCUCAGUUUGCCAGUCUAAUCAUUGUAAUGCAGACAGAGAAUAAAGUAAUGACAUAGGGUUACCUUUCAAAUUCAUAUUUCUCGUUGCCAGCCAGUGCCUAAAUUUCACAAAUGGGUUGAAUAGAGAAUUUUUUUCCCCAAGUGUCCAGGUAUGGUAAGCUUUUAAACCUUUGUGAAGUUUCUGAAGCAUCUGUUUUGCCCGUUGUGGAAAUGAUGCCCAGCUCAGCACCUUGUCCAAGCCCCUGCCAUUUCCCUUGAGCUUUAGUGGUCCUUCAUCAACGUUAGACACCAUGCAGAUUCAGCCAGGACUGAGCUCCGAGUAGCACAGACCCUUCUAAACAACCUUCCCAAGUUCCUAGGAAAUUGAAACCUUGCUGAGUAAUCUCCCAGUUCUUUCCAGGGUCCACUUGGGUUUCUAAUUCUCUGUUGCUAGAUGGGGAGACAGAAGCUGAGAAUAAUAGUGAACAGAAGUAAUGGAAGAGGAAGAGACUUUAAACCGUUUAGAAAUCGAAAUAAAAGGAAUUGUUAAAAACUGUUUUUUUCAUCUCUGGUGCAGGAGUAAGAUGUAAACAGAGGGUAUCAAAUGGGCAGAGGCAUGUUGGAUUAAUUGGGGAAGGGGGUGUCUUCUACAAGUUUUAACUUAGAUCUUACUCCUACAAGUUAAUGUCUCCGGAUUUCUCCCUGGCCCCCUCCCAGGUGUCCCCUCUUCAUCUUCCCCUGAUGAAAUGAGGGUUGCCUUUCCAACCACCACAUUAGGAUUCUGCUCCCUUCGGUGGCUGGGCCCUCAGAGGCUGUGCCUUCUACGGGAAAUAUCUAGUGCUCCCCCAGCACUGCCUUACCCAUCUCUCUGUGUACCCCUGUGGCACCUUGAGGCCUUCUUUCUUUUUUCUUUUUUUUCCUCUCUUUUUUAUUUGUUCCAAUUCCCAAGGAAGGACAUGACCUCACAGUGAGUAAGGACUCACCUAUUCUUACUUUGAGCAAAAGUCUUCAAGAUUCCAGGGAGAAGGCAGGGUGGCCACUUGGCAAAGGAUCCAAAAUGACACCCCUGAAACUCACUAGAAGCCUCCUCUGCACAGGGCCUCGCCUGGUGCGUGGCCUUCUCUGCAGCCACACGUCUAGUGGGAAGGAGGAAGCAUGCAAGGGAUGGGGGGAAAGAGGGAGUCCUCGAGAUGCUGUGCCCCACUGUCAAGAAUCCUAUUAUUCUUCAUGCACAGUUUGGCCAGGGGGUCAUUUUGAUGAUGGUCAGAUGAUGGUUCUACAAAGAUGACGGGACUCCACUCACACAACCUGUAUUCACAGCGGAUGUAACUGUUCACGUCCCAUCCACACAACCCACUAAGUAGGCUUACAAGUUGACCUUUUGGUUUGGGUCAGGGAUAUUGGGAGAGGAUUGUUAGUAGAGAGAGAAAGGUACUUGGUACACAUUUUCUGAUGCAUGUUCUGUAAAUUAUUUGAACCAGUCCAGGGGCCCUUUGCAGAGCUCUGUAUUCAUGUUCAGGGUCAACGCUAUUGUUCAACAGUUUUGCACAUUUUCACACAACGUAAUCUGACUCUGGUGCCCCUUGAGCCAUCCAUAGAAUAAUUACUGCAGGCUCCCACUUAAUCUACUGCAGGAAUCCUGAACAGCUCUCAGCGGAUAGAGAGCAGGUCACAUUGUAUCAAUCAAGUUUUCUUUGUACUCUUGCCAUUCCCAAAAUGGGCUUAUAAUUUAAGGAAGAGAUAAGAGUGGGAAAGAUCGUGGUCUCUUCAGCAUUUGGGAAUGAUGUGGGGUCUACAAGAUGAAGAAACUUUAAUGUGACAAUUACAGCCUCUCAAAUUUCAAGAGCCCAUACUGUAUGUUAACCAACUGGAAUUUAAAUUAAAACUUUAAAAAUGUAUAGAGACCAUAGGUCUGUGGAGGAUUUAGAAGACUUCAGAUUUGAGAUCACAUUCGUUCUCUUCCUGAUCACGGUAGUAAGACACCAUAAGUGAAGGAAAAGCACUUGGGCACCUGAGUUGCCCCCCACUGAGGCUCUAGCCCUGAGAAGCUUAGGGGCAAAGGCUCCACCGUGUGUACAGUACAGCUCUCUACUCCAGACGGUCCCCUGAGCUGAAAACCAAGCCCCCAGCCGGGCUGGGGUGGCAGGCUUGGUGCGGGGUGGCUUUGACACCCCUUUAUUCAGAGCAGUAAGACAAACUGGAAAUCAAGCUUUCACUUUCCCUAGUAUACUUUCUUUAAAAAAAAUAGUCUAGGUGGUAUAAUCGAGAUGGGUACCUGUAUCUUUAAAUUACAUAGGGACUUUUGUAUGUUUAAAUAAUUGUACUGAGUUCCAUAAUGCUUAUCUUAGAAACUGUUUAGUAAAAGAAAAUAUUAAACCGUGCAUUCGCGAAUGCCCCCUUUAGAGCAUUCAUCCAAGUUCAGUGUGUAGUGUGAUGGUUAUUAUAGAUGUAUAAAAGUAUUGUAAGUGGCUGUGUAACAGGAGAGACUGCUAACUUUUACCUACGGACUGAAGGGUAACUCCUGCCCCCGUAAUUAAAUCAGUAUUGUCCUUUCCUCUCGGUUUGAUCAGUUGCAGUACUGGUAGCUUCCUGCUUGUGACUGUUACCUAAUCGUGUCAAUGUACAUCUGUAGUAUGUACAUGUGAAAGUGCCUUUCUAUUUUAGAGGAGUUUUAGCCUUGCUCUUUACCGUCGCCCCGCCCCCCUCCAUUCCUGCUCCCUGCCCCAAUUCCUGCCGCCCACUUGAGCGGAAGCUUCCUCCCUGCUUCUCUGGGUCCUGUCCUGUGCCUCCGUGCUCAGUAUCGUCUGUCUCGCCUUUUGUCUGUCAUCAGAUUGUCUCGUUUUUUGCUGGUAGCCGUGACUGUGCCUUUCCUGCCCGCAGUGUCCCCACGUCCUCCCUCCCUCUGUCUCUGGAGCAGCCACCACCCACAUGUCACCUAUGAUCUGUCCUGGCUUCUUUAUAGUCCCUCGGCUCUGAGGCGGAAGUUUGUGGGGGAUGCUUUUACAGUUCUGGAAGAAAAGAAAUGUUUUGUUAAUCUGUUGUGACAAUGCACUUUUAUGUAUAGUACUGUACAUUUUGGCAUGUACCAUUCCAGGCUUCAAUAUACAGUCAGGUCUGUUCUUUACGGUGUAUCUUUAUAAUAAAUAAGAUAGUUCUGGC